AUGCGACCCAACGGUCCCCGCGACCCGUACGCCGGGCCUGAAUCCGGGCCCGAGCCGCCAUUUCCGAUCAAGCUGUGCGGGCCGGUGAUCAAGGGGUUUGGACGGGGGAGUAAGGAGCUCGGCAUCCCCACCGCCAACAUCCCCACCGAAGGCCUCUCGACCACGCACCCAGACCUACCAAGCGGGAUCUACUACGGAUUCGUCGGCCUAUCAUUGAAGAGCUGUCCGUCCGCCGCCGCCUCCUCCUCCUCCAUCCCCGCUCCACCCCUGAUCUCAAUCCACCGGGCCGUGCUCUCGAUCGGCUACAACCCGUUCUACAAGAACACGGUGCGCUCCGUCGAGAUCCACAUCCUGCACGACUUCCCCCGCGACUUCUACGGCGCCGCCCUCAACCUGCUGAUCCUGGGCUACAUCCGGCCCGAGUACGACUACGUCAGCCUCGACGCCCUGGUGGACGACAUCAAGGUCGACUGCGCCGUCGCGAGCCGCAGUCUCGAGCGCGACGCGUACCGCCGGUACAAAAACGCAGAGUGGGAAAGGUGGUUGACGGAUUUUUCGUGGAUGGAGGACGUGGAUGCCAACGAGGUCGAGAAGAGGGUCUUGAAGAAGGAUUAA